AUAAAAUUAGCUUGGAUCAUGAUGACUAUGUUGAUAUGAUAGAUUCACUGUUGAGAAUGGAUUGGGAUGAUGAAUAUUCCCCUAAUUCAUUUGACCUACAUUGUUUGUUAAACUCAUUUCCUGGAGACUUGGAGUUCAAGCAGAUCUUCAGUGACAUUGAUGAAAAGAUUGAACAAAAUGCUACAAGCAUAGAACAUUGCAUUAAAGAAAUACAGUCUGAAGUUAAAAAACAGCGUCCAGAUGUGCAGCUGCAAACAACAACUGACUGUUUUGAAUGGCUAACUAACUAUAAUUAUAAUACAUCUAAGUCACCUUCCAUUCCCCAUGGAGAGAUGAUGAAAUUCCUCAAAACACUGCAAGAUUUGUUGAAGAAUGAACAAAAUCAAGAAGAAAUGAUACUUGAUUUACUUUGGGAUCUCUCCUGCCAGAGCAGCAUUUCAUUCCCAUGGACUCUAAGUGGAACAUCUUUCCAUUUCCUCUCUAGGACUUCUCUUCAUUCUGUUGAAGAUCAUUCCUCUAUGGAUGCAAAAUCCAUAUGGGAUGAUAUAAGACUGCAUCUUCGACACUUCUUAGUGAGGAAGUUACAAAGCUAUAAUGAAAUAAACAAUUCACAGCAAAAAAUAUUAUUGAAAAAUCAGUGCUUACAACAACUCUUGUUUCUUUAUCCAGAAUCGGAUGUUAUAAUCAAGUACCAAAACAUACAGAAUAAACUGUUGGUUAAACUUCUGCAGAACUUUUUUCCUUCUUACAGCAGAGAUUCAAAUUUAGACAUAAUAGUUCAUGGAUGUCAAAGCACAAUGCUUAAGUUAUACUCAAUGCUAAAAGAGGAUUUUAAUGUACUCUAUGAAAUUUUAGCUCCAUCUUCAACAGUGAAAUUCAUUAAAGAAACUUACCUGGAUACUGUUACAGAAGAAAUGGCAAAAUUUCUUGAAAAUUUUUGUGAGCUGCAGUUCAAAGAAAACGCCGUCCGUGUGGUUAAAACAAGCAAGAGCUCCAGCAAGCAUAGAGGAACAGUGCAUGCUUUGGUUACUCCUGAAAGCCCACAGAAAGGAGGAAACUUCUCCCUUACCUUAGAUGAACUCAAAUUCUUAUCACAGCUCAUACAAUCCUUUUUGAAACUGGAAAAAAAUGUUCAAGAAUUGUUUGAAGAAAUGUUUUUAUCACUCAAGAUACCAAGGAAUACUUCAGGAAUUUUGGAGAAAUCCAAUAGAGGAGUAAUAGAGAAAUCUAGAGCAAAUGAAACCAAUAUUUAUUCAGAGCAAUUGCUACCACCAAAAGAGGCUACUUUACUAGAUUUUGGCUGGAGAAGUGCAUUUAAAGAAGUGUUUCUUCCCAUGGCACGUAGCAUAACAAUUGCAAUUGAAGAUUUUUCCACAAAAGUUCUCCAACAAGAACAGAAUGAAAGGUCUUCAGCUGUGAGCUAUGCUAUGAACCUUGUAAAUGUCCAGCAAGUUUGGCAAGACAGCCAUGUGUUUCCUGAGGAGGAACAACCAAAGAAAAUUGCAAAGUUUUGUUCUGACAUCAUGGAAAAACUUGACACAAUGCUUCCACUGGCUCUGGCAUGCAGAGAUGAUUCUUUUCAGGAAAUUAGAGCAAACUUGGUGGAAGCCUUUUGUAAAGUGGCAACAGCUGUCCUGGAGAGACUGCACGAGAGAGGCAAGGAGGUUCCUUCCAGAGCACCCCUGAAAAACUUGCACACACUCCUCUCCACAGCAGUGUAUGUCUUCCAGCAUUUCACGCAGUAUGAGAAUUUGAUGAAAGAAACUACUAAAAAACCCAUAUUCCUGGUGCCUGUCCAACGAUAUCAGGAAUUCAUCAACACUCUACAGUUUCAGGUUACGAACUACUGCGUCAGAGUUUGUGCUACAAGCAUUUUACAGGAUGCUGAGAGCCACCACUGGGAUGACUACAAAGCUUUUUAUGAGGGGGAAAGAUGCUCCUUCUCAAUCCAGAUGUGGCAUUAUUUCUGCUGGGCUCUUCAUCACGAUCUCUGGACCAUUCUGUCCUCUAAGUUAGCCCAGGAGAUUCUAGCAGAAGUGCUGGAGAAAUCUUUGGGUCUACUGGCCUCCAGAUACGCUCGGGCCCAUCCCAGUUACAAGAGAACUCCGCAGAUAAGACUUGAUGUCACAACAAUUUUAAUAUGCACUGAGAACAUGUUAUGGUCAGUUUGUACAUCUGUACAGAAACUUCUGAAACCUCAUGAAUAUACAGAUCAUAAAAUUUUAAAAAUUCAUACCCAUUGUAAUAAUCUAUUUACAACAUUAGUCAUUUUGACUUCACCAUUAACAGAAUUAUACAAGACUUUUCAGCAUGGCAUGGAUGAGUCAGCUUCAGAUUCCUUAAAAUCAUAUUUUAAGCAACCAUUACACUGGAUUUCUUGCAUAUCACAUUUCUACCCUACUUUACUCAGGACUCCAUCAGCUGGAGGACUGAAAGCCGAGGGUCAAUUGAAACUGCUCUUAUCCCAGCCAGGUUGUAAUUGGAACCUGCUUCUGGAAACCCUACUGCAUCAUGAAGGUCUUUUACUGAGAAUCUUGCUGAAGAGCUCAAAACAUACCUUUCAAGAACAAGUUUCUGAUACAGAAAAUAAUCUGAACCAAGGAACCAACUUGAUGGAAGCCAUCUUUAAAGUACUGUCCCAUUGCAACUUUUCUCCACAAAUAUUUGGAAAUAUUUUUGUGAGCUACGUGGAAGAAGAAAACUUAUGGGACUUUUUAUACAACAUUCCAGUCUCAAGGUGCAUGGAGUCUGAGCCCGAGUUCAUCCGAUGCUUGAGGUUGGCACUGACGGACGCCGUCAAGGACAUUGUACAGCAGAUAGUGUCUGUGAUGACCUGUGGGAGAAACUGUGAGACAAACCUGCACAAGCACCGUGUUCCUGAUUGUUUGCGUGAGAGCAUUCCAAAAGAAUGGAAUUAUAUUCCAAAAGAAAGCGGAAGGAAAGAAUCAAGCAAAGGCUUCACAAGGCUUGCUGCUCAGGCAUUAUCUAUUGUAAUCAGCAAGUUACCUACGGUGAUUGCAUGUUUGCCUCCCCCAAUUAAAUACUUCUUUUUUCUCUCUGAGAGAAAAAUGUCAAAAAACUUUGUUGAAUUGAAGAAAGCUGGCCUGCUUGUCUGGAACUUGAUUGUAAUUAUAUGUCGGAUAUUUGAGGAUGGAAACACUGUGGAACUUUUAACAGGUGCCUCCCUUGACAGAUGGAGUAAAGAAAAACUUGGUUUAAUGAGUGUGUGUUUGGAAAGCGUCAUGGGAGACCAGGCGAGUAGCCCCAAUCAAGUGAUCCGAAAGGUCACACAGAGCAUCGAGCAGCAAAAGCCCAACUGGAUCGAAGGCCAAUUGUUGAAAGCAAGGAAAUUGAGCACUGAAUGUGCAUCUGUGACAAUAAAGAAAAGCACAGCCUUAGAAGAAGGAGAUAUUGCUCUUGAACUGACUGAGCAGAAAAUCAACACGAUGGUCCUGGAUCUCUGCCACAAACCAGGUGGCAGCGAGUACCUGAGGCAAAUUUAUCACAUCAUGCGGCUCAAUGAGGAAUAUUUAAAAGAACAGCUGCUUUGUAUGAAUGGUUCAGAGGAAAAGCCAUUACCCAUCCGACCUUUAAAGACAACCUUGAGAAGUGUGGAAGAUCAACCUUCUGCCUUUAACCCUUUCCAUGUGUAUAAGGUGUUUAGUGAAAACAUGCUAGAUCAGUCAGCCAUCACAAAAUGGAACUGGAAUUGGGCAAAUUUGCUGCCAAAUUAUCUGGGACUAGACAAGAUGACCUUCAGUGUACUGCUCAAAAACAGGUGGGAAAUGAGGAAGGAUGAAACCCUGAAAGAGGAAGAAAAAGCAAUGCUGGAACAUUUAAAACGAAUUUGCACCAUACAGAACUCUUCUGCCUCAGAUAACACAGAGGAACAGUAAUCUGCAGAAAACAGCAACAGCUUUAUUUUAGGAAACAAUCACAUGUAAUGGAGUAGGAUUUUUACUAGAGUCAGAAUGAACCUCAGAUGUGCUGUGAAGCAUGAAAUCAAUGACUGAGUAAUCUCUGUACUGAAAAGGAAUACGGCACAUAAAGAAUAAGGUGCUAUAUAUUUUUUAUUUUAAAAAUAAUUUCAAAUGUUUUUCUUUCCCCAGUCUUUCUCUUUAUAUGAUAUAACUGCUGCCAUCUCGUGUUCCCUUUGAAUUAUUUUUUUCUUCUUUCAGUCUUGAUGUAUCUAUGACAACAGGCAAAAAUGUUUGGAAAUCUUUUUUUCUCAGGAUUUUUAAUAUAACAUUUGGAUAUUAAAUUGAGGGGAAUCACACAGCUCAUGGGGUGUCAUCUGAAAAUUUCAAUUUAAUUUUGUAGCUGUAGCCCAAGUCCCAGCCUUUAAUAUCAACCAUUGUGCCAGCCCCCUCAUCCCACAUAACCUCUUCCUCAUCCAAUUUAUCUUAAUUAUAGCCACAAAGAGCAUUCUUGUGAACUAUAACUUUAGUUAUAUCUGCAUUUGUGGUGAUUUUCAGUCCUUCUCCUAAAUCAGAUUCAAACUUUUCCUCAGACUUUCAGGUCCCAUACCAAAUGGCUCCAUGUUCAGGCAACUGCCUCAUAUCCUCUUGGCUCAAGCCAUAUACUUGCCAUUUUUCCCAACCAGAAACCACCUUUCUCCCAACAUUGAGUUCAAAACUCAUUCCAGCAAUCUUUGCCCCAAAGCUCAUUAUCUGUGAUGUCUUACUUCUUUUAUUCCCAUUACAUUGAUACACACACACACACACACAAAUAAGGGAACAGAACGUGUUCAAACACCCUCUCUGCCAAGUACAAUCAUAGAUAUUUAUUAUAUCCUUCCUAUCAGUGCCUGAUAUUAGAUUAUAAAGACCUUGAAGGCCUUACGAUAUGACAUGAAGGCUCCCUUUAUAACUCCCCAUAUGCCAGGUACAGUGUCAUUCAUCGAGUGGGCAGUUAAUGAACACAGCUGAUUAAAUGGCUGCCAUUGAAAGAAGACAAAGACAUUUGGACUGUGGAGCAAUCUACGGGACAUCUGGGAGAGGCCUUACAUCAUGGGCUAUUUUAGACUAUAUGACAUCAAACAUCAUGGUUUCUGGUGUUCUCAGAUGUAUAAUAAAUUGUCCAUACUCCCACAUUCUGUGAUUUUUAUAAAAUAUGUGUAGGCUACAUGAUUUCCAAAGGAAAGUACUCAUGCAUUUUUCAAAGAGUAAAAGCUUAGGGUACAGAGGAAACCACCUUAGAAAAUCUCUUACAUUUUUUCUUUAAAUAAAAACACAUAAAUGGCCAUGUAGCCAGCUGCCUGCCAAAUAAAACAUUUUAUUUUUAAAGAUGUACUUUAGUUGGCCAGUAUAAUGAUGAACCAAGUGUUUUAAGAUAUGGUUGAAAUAAUUUCUAAAAAUUCAAUGUAGACUAUUUAAAAAUUGUAAGAAAAUUUUAUGAGAACUGGACAUUCCAUCUAAUCUUAUCUGUACACAAUUGCUGUAAUAAUCAACAUAAGAUGACAGUUGACUUUAUUUCUUCAGCUAAGUGGUGGUCUAUGUACGCCAUCUGGAUAACUGUGCUUUAUUAGACUAGACACUAAAAUGGAAAGUCAAAAUGAAGAUAACUUGAUCCAAUAAACCAAAUAAAACAAUCUUACAAAGUUGCACGUUUUCACAUUUGGAUUGUCUUCUAAUAUAUCUAAAGGGCAUCUUUGAAAGGUUUUUUUAAUUGAAUCUGUAUAUUUCUGUACAAUCCUGGGAAGUAAUUUAGUUCCUCCAGGAAAAAAUUCUUCUAUGGCUUCCUUUUGAAAGGAAAGAAGUAUCCUAAGGGGAGAAUGGGAUGAGUUUGGAAGAAGAGAAAAACAGUAGAGAAAGAGCUUGCACUUAAGUUCUCUUCUGUACAUGCUCAAUGAAAUUACUAUAGCAUAAGUGCACUAAAGUUUAUACUGAGAAUGUUAAAUGACAUGUUAUUGAUUUAUCAGAUCAUUUUGACUUUUUACUCAAUAUGUUUUUAAAGUACAAUAAGAAGUGGUAUUUCAGAACAGUUGUUUCUCACAUUUAUUUUGCAUUUGUAUAAGUUAACAACAGUAAUGAAACUUAACAGUUUAUAACUCCCCAUUUGCUUAUUACAAAAAUAUUAUCUUCUUAUAAAAUAUUAUUAAUGUCUUCCU